AUGUCUGACGAAGACAUUCCACAUUCCUUUUCUCUUUCAUUAGGAGAAGAUUCUUCAAGAUGGAUUGAAAGUAUACGAAUUUAUAACGACUUUGACGAAAAUAACGACAAAGACGACAACGAUAACGAUAACGACAUAGACAACGACACCGAAUCAUCCCAUCAACCACAUCCAUCUACUAUACCCUCAAGACCAUCUCUAAGAUCGCGCUCAUCGUCCUAUUCAUCCGACUCCGAUACAUCUCUACCAGCUACACCUUUAACACCUAAAUUCAAUUGCAAUAUCAAAUUACCUUCUGAGAACUUGCAUGAUCGUCAGGAUCGGGAAUAUACGAAAACUCCUAAGCUUCAAACAACCAUUGAGAACGACAAUAGUCGAUCACAGUCCCAGGAGACACCCAAGACGAUUCAAGUGACCUCAACACCUAGAAUUGUCGAUCGGAAUUACAGAAAGAUCCUCUUUCAGGAAACACCAAAGAAACAAAUCAUAAAUCGAGUUCAAGCUCAAACUGGUCAAGAGACCCUUGGUUUGAAGACACCACCUAAUUCGAAGUUGAGGAAUCUGGUCAGACAACCUUUAUCGGAGCCUCAGCCAAUAAUAUUACGUCCAACGACCUUUUGGCGACAUCAUCCCCUCUCUCCUCAUUGUCUACCCAAACAUUCACCUUCAUCCCGUCUAAUCCGACGAUCCACAUUGAUUGCUAGCCCUACAAUCGGUAUACAGCAUCCUGACCCGGAUCAAGAGACGACGAGGAUUUGCGUAGGUCUAGCAGGGAUAGAUCUGGAUAUCGAUCCGAGAAUUAGAAAGUUGAGUUUGUUGCCUAUUUGA